CGUCAUUCUUAGGGCAUCUCCAACGCUGGUAUGCAAACAGGUAUGCAUAUCCAUAACCGUUGAUUUACAUACCCGUUUCGUACUUUUUGUGAAGCCAACAGCGUUCGUAUAUGAAGUCGAAAAUAUGCGACCUCAAUUUGGAUUCCCAAAUUUGCGAUCUCAGAGAGGAGAGAGAAAGGAGACGCAAAAGGACGCGGGAGGGAGAAAGUCGUUCAACGACUUUGAACAGUGAUGAGAAACCUCUGCCAAAUCAUCCGAAUCCACCAUAAAAGCAGAGACGAGAUUGCUGCAAUCAUCCCAACUUCAUCGCAACCAUUCAACCUUCGUCGCAAUUAUUUCGAACUUUGCCGCAAUCAUCCUCCUCUCCUCAAUUACCUCUUCCAACGUUGAUAGUUGUAGAUAUGGAUUCCAUGUACAAUUCAUAUGCAUCGUUGCUCAUGAGCGAUGAAUUAAACGAUGAUCAUAAUAUUGAUCAAUUGGAGUCACAAAUUCCAUCCGAGAUUGUGCCUUUAACAGGCACUAGUCGAAGAAGUCAGAAUUUCUCAAUUGACGAUGACAAACUCCUUGUCUCCGCUUGGCUAAAUACUAGUAAAGAUUCAACUCAUGGGAAUGCUCAAAAUGCUAAUAGAUAUUGGCAAAGAAUUAGUGAAUUCUUCAACACCCAUGGAGGUCCCCGUACCCAAGCAUCUCUAAAGCAAAGGUGGAAUGAUAUUAACAAGAAGUGUCAAAAAUUUUCUGGUUAUUUAAGUCAAAUUGAAGAAAGACAUCCUAGCGGACAAACCGAACAAGGAAUGGUAGAUGAUGCAAAAUCUAUGUACGCUGACUUAGAGCAUAAACCAUUUCUACUUGAGCAUUGUUGGAUUAUAUUGAAGGAUGAAGCUAAAUGGCAAGAAACUCUCUCAAACAAGAGGCAUAAGACUUCUAGUGUCUCCGUACAUGACCUUAGUGAGUCUCCCAUUGGCGGAGAUAAUGAUGAACGUUCCAUUAAUCAAGAUAGACCACUAGGCACAAAAGCCGCAAAAAAACUUGCUGCAAGUGGAUCGAAGUCCUCAAUUUCGGAUGAGAUUUUGAAAGAGAAACAUAAUAUCGAACGCGCAAAAUAUGAACAACGUGAUAGAGCUCUACUUGAACAGCAACGAGAUAGAGAGCUAAAGGAAAGGGAGAUGGAGAGGAGUUGGGAAAUAGAAGUUAUGUCCAAAGACCUUAGAGGCAUGGAUCCCAUGGUGGCUGAGUAUUGGAAGAAUGCUAGGAUAGAGAUAAUGGCAAAAAAGGGUUAUAAUUUUUAAUGUUUUCUUAUUUUGUUAAAUGAUUGUCUAAACUUUCUUUAAUCUCCUGUGUUUUGGCACUACGUUUGAGCUACAUGUUGUGGAUUUCUAAUUGGAUAGUGAUUGAGCUGAAGGAAACAAAGUAACAUUUAUUAUCA